UCCCCCGGCCGGAAGCGGCGGGCGGCGCGUGCCGGGCGCGGUCCGGGCGGCUCCCGCCCCCCCGGCGGCGCGGAGUUCCCCUCGCCCCGCCGCCGCCCUCGUUCUCUCCGCGCCCCCUCGCCAGCUCCUCCGGUCCCGCCCGCCGGCGGCACGUGCCCUCCCGCCUCCGCCUCGCCGCGGGGAGCCGCCCUAGCCUGGCCGUCCCGCGGGCACCCGGCCUCCGCGGGGGCGGCGGGCGGAGGAGUAAAACCGGGCCCCGGCAGGGACGUCGGGCUGGAGCUGGAACGGGAGCUGCCGCCGCUGCCAGGUGAAGGAGAUGAUAGGUGGAAAUGAAUCCUGUACUGCAGGACCAAUACCUAUGUCCUACUUAACCUGCCUGACUUAUAUAUUGGGAGAAUGGACUGGUGUGGAGCACAUUGAAGAUUAUCUGAGUUACGCAGUCUACCUUGUAUGGGUGCUUUUUCCACUCGCAGUAGUUUUUCUGCUUCCGGGAAUUCUUGUCAUCCUCUUCUACACUUCCAUUAUCCUUCUUCAUAUUUAUAAAAGGAAGAAUGAACUAAAGGAAGCCUAUUCCAAUGAUUUUUGGGAUGGUGCAAAACAAAUGUUGGCUACCCUAUGGGAUGGACAUGGAAGAAUAUGGCACGGUUAUGAGCUUCAUGGUGCUGAAAAUAUUCCUGAAGGACCAGGGCUUAUUGUGUUUUAUCAUGGAGCUACUCCUGCUGACUAUAUCUAUUUCAUGGCAAGACUUCUUAUACAGAAGAAGAGACACUGCCACGUAGUAGCUGAUCAUUUUGUCUUUAGACUACCAGGUUUUAAAAUAUUACUUGAUGCACAUGGAGUUAUGCAUGGACCAAAAGAAGAAUGUGUCAGUGCUCUGAAGAAGGGCAAUCUGAUAGCCAUUGCUCCAGGUGGAGUUCGGGAAGCACUCUUUAGUGAUGAAAUGUAUACUAUUAUCUGGGGUAAUCGGAAGGGCUUUGCUCAGGUGGCCAUUGAUGCAAAAGUGCCCAUCAUUCCAAUGUUUACACAAAAUGUUCGAGAAGGCGUUAGGACAUUAGGAAGAAUAAAAAUACUUAGGUCACUAUAUGAACAUAUUAGAUUGCCAGUAGUUCCUGUGUACGGUUGGUUUCCAGUCAAGCUUCGUACAUUUAUUGGAGAACCCAUUCCAUACGAACCAAAUAUAACUGCUGAGGAACUAACUGCGAAGACAAAAGCAGCACUUCAAGCUCUAAUAGAAAAACAUCAGAAAAUACCAGGAAAUAUAUUUAGGGCUUUAAUGGAACGAUUUCAAACACAAAAGAAAGAAGAUUAAGGUCUUCUGAAGAAACUACUAUUUAAUUAUAAUAUUCUUAAAGUCAUAUUUGUAACUUAUUCAUUCUUCUAAUAUUAAGUUUUAAGUACUGGCCUAAUGAUACUGCUGUAUAAUUUAAGAUAUAAGACAAUUUCCCUUGCCCUUCCUCCUGCCCAGUAUCAAUCUCAGGAACCCAAACUUCAAAUCAUUCAUAAUGGGGCAAAGCUUAGUUUUUGAGAAAUGCAUUCCUACCUUGAAAGUGGCUUUUUUUCUUCCCCCCAGAAAUGACACUGCAAAUCUUUAUGUACGUGGUCACCUGUCUACCUGUCUUUUUUUUUCUUUGGUGUCCUGUCUCCCCACUGCCUUUUGCUCUUUAACCUGAAUGUUAGGCCUGCUGUAGAGCUACAGUCUGAUUGUCUUGGUUGCCAUCACUGCAACUAGGUUUUGCAGGCCAGAUUAAUGCCAUACAGCAUUUAUGAAAAAUUUCUUUAGGUUGUUACUCUUGUGCUGCUGGAAAACAGCCAGCUUUCUGGGGCCUGCAGAACCUGUAGCUAUGCCUGCAAAACCUACAGUGGAAGAUGUUUAGUUUUACUGCGCUAAGCUCAGUAAGAGUUCGCAGGAGUGAAAAUUCAUUUGAGAACUGCAGUGAACCACUUCGAUGCAGUGAAAGAGAACCCUACAGCACAGCUGCUAUUCCAAGCUCAGCCAUGUUGGAUGCCUGCCCUUGAGUAGAGAAUUGUCCCUUACACUUCUCAGUGAAUCUGCAAAUCAAAAAAAUGAGCCAAGCAUUUAAACUUUGAGACGUGGAAAUGAGAGUACUGUUCGGUAACAUGAGCUCAUAAAGCUUUAUUUUGAAGGAAAUAAAAAAUUAGUGCAACACUCCUUUUAAAAAUAGUAGUUCUUUUCAAAAGCAGGAUAAACAUUCUCCAAUACCCUUUAAAUCUAGUAUAUGUUUAAUCUGUUAACUGUGUGUGAAGAAUAUGGGUGUUUAUUUACAUAAGUUAUUAAAUCAGUGUUGAGAGGGAAAUCCUAAAUACUUUCCUUACGGGAAAACAAUUGGAUGAACAGGAAAGAGUUGCAGGAUUGGACUUUUGUGCACUUACAGUAAAUUAUAUUAUUAUGCUUUUUUUUUCUGAACUAAAGGCUAUGCUUUUAUUGUCCAGAUAGGAAAUACCUGAAAUAUUUCUUCUGUUUGCCAGCAAGUUUAAUCUACAGUUCUUAAAUUAACAUCUGGGAACUCUUUAGUUUUGGGAUGAGGUCAAAUUCCUUAAGGAAAGGCAAAAGAGAUUUUUGCUAUAUUACAUGGUCUUCUUUCAAUAUUGUUGGGGUUUGACCUUUUCUUAAAAAAAGAAAACAACAAAAAAACCCCACAUUUUGAAAGAGCAGUUACAUUCAACUUAGUAUCCAUUCCUCCCACCAUUUAAGCACAUGCUUUGCUUUAUACUCUUUUAAAUGUAUAAAUUAGUGAGAUUCUGUAAGUGCAUGAGGAUGACACUGUUAGAAAAAUAUCACUUUAUGGGAAGGUUUACAAAAAGCAAAAAGUGUACUUAUUUUAUGAUGUUAUUUCAUAUCAAAAGCAUUUUAUGUGGUGGUGAAUUAAAUUUUAAAGCUUGGGGAAGAAUCAUGUUAUAUAAAAGCAGAUGCCCAUUUUGAAGUGUUUUAAAUGACUUGGGUUUUGUUCGAAGGCAAGAUCGUGUUCUUUUUAAUUUAUCGGAACGUUUUUAAAAAAUAUUAUGUUAACACAAUAUGUCGUUAAAAGUCAUAAUGCCAAAUUCCUACAUCGGAGUAUCACUUCAGUAUGGCUUUGUUUUUACUGUCCAUCUUGAGGAAAAUGUACAUCAGUCUAUAUUGUGAAAUUCUGAAAGGUACCUGAACGUAGUUUGUGUUAGAGGUUGCAUAUGUGUAAAAGAAAACUCAGUCUGAAAGGUUUUGUUAUACGUGAACAGACCUUUGUGAUCUGAGAGUUUGUAUAAUUUAUUUUAGUAAAUAUGUGGGCUGUUUGAUGCAGUUCUGUCCCUUUAAGUAUUGAAAGAUGAGUAUAAAAAAUGAAGGGCAGUAUUGGUACUCUUUGUGUUCAUAUUUGUAUAGGCCUUUCAUAUUUAUUUCUCUAUAUAAAAUAAUGUAUAGAAGACACCUUUCGAAUAAAAUUGACAACUGGAGCAGG